UGCACUUGCGCUGCACCGGAGUAUGUUAUGCGUGCGCGACGKAGACGACUGACGGAAGUCUCAAACAAAAUUUGCGGACUAGAGUACGCGCACCGCACUGAAUAUUCUUAGUAAAAUGACGUUAGCGAAAAUGGAUCAGAGGUUCCAAUUGAUCAGUCAUCACAGGGAUGACAAACCGACCGAACCACCAAGGGCGCUCAAUCCGGUGAUCAAUAAUUCUAAACCGAACAAAGUUCUGUUUUGUCUGUCCAACCAGGUGGGCACGGUGAUUCUGUACGGCGUGCCGAUCGUUUCGCUGCAGAUGGAUAACCAGGAGCGACUGUGCCUGGCCCAGAUCAGCAACACGCUGCUGCACCGGUUCAGUUACAACGAGAUUCACAACCGGCGCGUGGCGCUGGGCAUCACGUGUGUGCAGUGCACGCCAGUGCAGCUGGAGAUGCUGCGCCGGGCGGGCGCCAUGCCGGUUUCGUCGCGCCGUUGCGGCAUGAUCACCAGGCGCGAGGCGGAGCGGCUGUGCAACUCGUUCCUAGGCGACAACACGCCACCCAGGCUGCCCGACGACUUUGCGUUUGCGGUGCACCACGAGUGCGCGUGGGGUUGCCGUGGCUCGUUCCUGCCGUCCCGCUACAACUCGUCCCGGGCCAAGUGCAUCCGUUGCGCCGUGUGUGGUCUGUUCUUCUCGCCCAACAAGUUCAUAUUCCACUCGCACCGCACCGGCGCCGGGGCCCGGUACGUGCAGCCGGACGCGGCSAACUUCAACUCAUGGCGCCGGCACAUGAAGCUCAGCGACGAUCCACCCGACCACGUGGUACACGCGUGGGAGGACGUCAAGGCCAUGUUCAACGGUGGCACGCGCAAACGGGCCGUGUCCAGGCCAUCGCCACCGUCGCUCCUGCACCAACAGCAACAACCGUCGCAACCACUGCUGCCGCCGACGCCACAUUCACGUCAGCAGUCGUCGGCUUCGUCGUCGCCGCCGUCKUCGUCUUCGUCGGCCGCAGCCACCGCCCCGGUAGUCGUGCAAAUGCCUCAGCCGGUACUCCAGUCUGCGGCUCACCUGCACCACCAUCAGCACCAUCAACACCACCAACACCGGUCGCCAGAACUGCAGCAAAAGAAAUCGGCGCCGUCCGUACAGGUACCGUCCAUGCCGCUACACCAGGCCAUGGUCGAUUAUGUGUGGCAACAGCGGGCCAACCCGUUCGCCGUGGCCGCGGCCGCUGCGGCUGCGUAUUCCGCGGGCGGUGGCCUCCCCUGUUGGCUGCCAAAACUCGAGCUGGACCCGCAUCAUCACAACGCCCUUGUCAACCGGAGCGCCGUUGCGGCCGAUUAUUCUUCCGCUUUCAGGCCCGUGUACCCGGUUACCGUGGCCGCGGCCGCUGCUGCUGCCGCUGCAGCCGCCGCCGUUGCAACCAAAUCGGGUGAUGGGGAAGACGACGACGACGACGAAACCGGUGGCGGUGGUUGUUGCAUGGACGACGUGGACGACGAUGAUGAUGACGACGACGACAACGACGAUGAAAUAGACAUCGAAACGUGUCCAGACGAAAGGAAUACGUAGGACCUAAACAGAUGGCUAUUUAUAUUUUUUAUGAUUUUUUUUUUUAUUUGUAGUUAUACAGCGUGUUUAUGUACGUGUAUAUGUACGUGAUUUACGAGCGGUAAAAUCAACUAUCGACGAGUUCAGGUCUCGUCCGAUGGCGUCUAAUUUMAAAACGUAAAUCGGUUUUCGCUUUUUAACCUCGCAUCUCAUAAUAUCACCAAAUGAUAAGGUAUUUAACGUUUUCAAAAAAAAAUAAAAAUAAAAAAUCGUUAAGUAAUCGUUAUUUUGUCCUUACCGGUUGACUGUGCGUGCCCGUGUAAAAGGUAUAAGAUCGCCGGAGCUAUACUCCGUAAUACCGUUAUAUACUUCAGGGGGAAGUUGUAGAAUAUAUUUUGUUGGCCUAAAGUAUUCUAUUAAUAUACAGGUAUAUCAUUAAUUAUUUUUUGACGGAAGUUUAUACGAACACGUAUAUAUAUGUUGUAUGCUGUACCUAUGCACAUUAUGGAAAGUGAAUUGUCUUCUCUUGGACGCCCGCAAAUGCAUUAAACUGUUAAAGUGUAUAUGUUUUUCAUCGUAGAAGGUAUCGGAUGAAGUCUAUAAUAAUACUACAUAAUGUAAUGAAUUUAUUUCUUGUUUGUACACCGUUCAUACUUUACCUUCUAUAAAUACCAACCCUGGACCCAUACAUUUUAAUUUAUAAUAUGUAGGUAAUAAGUUGCGACGCACUUCACCACAUUACUGUUUAGUCAAAAUUACAAAARCUCUACUGAAUAGAUAUUUGUAUACAUUAUUAUGCUAAUAUUACGUGUUUUAUGUUAGACCUAAUACUAUCUAAGUCAUAUACUUAAUAUUAUGUAAAAGUCAAAUAAUUAUUAAGCCACCGCUUUGGUGGUCGACGGUAUACGCUGUAGACUGUAGAAUAAUACUAAUAUAAUAUUAUUGAACUUUUUAAUCGGCACAUUAUACAAUAUAUUUUAUAAGUAUAUUAUAUUAUAUUAUUUAUUGUUAAUGUAAGCAUUUCGAUGUCUAUUUGUUAAACUUGAGUGAUUGUUAAAACGUAUG